CGCCAGUCGAAUAUCGAGGGUUAAUUAACCCUCGAUAUUCGACCCUAUGUAAAUCAGCCCCUUAGAGUCAAGAAGAAUUGGGUUUUAAAUAAUGCAGGACUGGAUCAUUAUUCCCCAAUAUGACAUCUGUAAUAAUGUUCUGGGUACAGAGUAACCUAUACCCCCCCCACUGUACUGUCUAAGGGAAACAAUAUGGCACCUCCUACCCAUAUGUAUAAAUACAAAUAUACAGAGAAGGAAUGUUCUGGGCAUACAAUCAGCUAUAACCUCAUAUAGUAGUUGACCCCAUAUAAAGUAGAGAGAAGGAACAUGUUCAUUCUGAUAAAUGGAAGAGAAACCAUACUGAUAGAUGGUAUCAUGUGCCUUUUGGAUACUAUUUGCCACCUGGGUGCUAUAAAUGCGGGGUCUCCCCUUACAAGCCGGCACUAAAUGCUUUUGGUACAUUCAAAGCCGCACGUUAUUUAAAGAACGGUUUCCCUUUCACGUUGAGGUUUCACUUUGUAUCACUGGGAUUUUUUUGAGUCACAUUAAUUGCCCCAUUCAGGGUUCCUAAUACUGAAUACUUAAUAGAGAAGAAAGACUUAUUAGAUUUAUUAGAUAUGUAAUCACACUAAGUUUGCCCGGGAGCAGUAACCCAUAGCAACCAAUAAAAUGUUUACAUUUAAACAGAUGACCAGUAAAUUGUACCUGCUGAUUGGAUGCUAUGGGUUACUGCCCCGGGCAAACUUAGUGCCUUUUAUUACAUCACCCCCAUUUAUCUCUAAAGGGAAUAAACCCACAAUUAUAAAGUUGCCUAAUAAAGGAAAAACAAAUUCUAAGCAACUUCCCAAAUAGCCAUUCAUUCCUCGUUCUCAGCGAGUUUAGAGUUAGGUGUAGCUGUCAGCCUGCCCCUUUCUGUUCUCUGGGUCUGACUCUUCAAACCACAUAGCAGAAGGCAGCCAAUUAACAGACCUGCAGGAGAAGCGACGCCUGCUACAUUGUUUCAGGAGGCAGAAACAGCAGUGCAGAGACUAUAGAAGCAGACUCUGCUUUCAAUAGCAACGACGCUUACAUAUAACUUAAGAACCAAAGAAAUAAUUUCAUGAAUGGGUAUUGUGAAAACUGUCAAAAAAUACAUUUUUUUUUCACUAGACACAAUGUUAUUUUGGGGGUUUAUAUCCCCUUUCAUUUUGCCUUUUUAUUUAUCUGUGAAUUCACAUGCAAGUUGUGACGCCCUGUAGGCCCGGGCUGUGCCAGUAAAGCAGGUUGGAGCUUGUUGAAAAGGAAUUUUGGAAGCAGGAUGAGACUCACACCCAGUGUCCUUACAGCUGCUGAUUAACCCUUUUAACCCCCGUGUUUGGUCACUCAUUCAGGAGUCAGAAACCUUGAGGGCAGUCGUAACUUGGUGUUAUUGGGCCCCACAGCAAACUCAAUUUAGGGCCCCAAUGAUAUAUUAAAAUUGAUCAUUAUUUAGGGCUUUAUUUAGGGUCUGCUGUAUUUGUACUCCUGGUUGUCGGGCAGGGAAUGAGCACCCUCUGGCUUUAUAGAUGUUGUUGGACUACAGCCCUCAGCAGCACUCCUUGUUAGCAGAGAGACUUUGCAACUGAGCAACAUGCAAGUACCAUCUUUGAAUUGACACUUGUGUCCCAGAAACUCCCAGCAUCCUCUGAAAGCCGCUGGAAUGCCAUACACUGUUGCAGGGCUUUAACCAUUCCUGGUAUGAAUACAAUGCUUUGCAACCCAGGGGUCGUGGGGUUAACCUGCGGCUCUUCCUCCCACCACCUUCACAUAUUUCUGCUACAUUUCUCAGAUUCCAUGGAAGCUGCUGUUACAAUGUUUUCAGAAAGGAAGUGCAGUUGCUCAACCCUAUUAUUCAAUCUGGGAAUUUCGUUCCCGAGCCUUUGGGAGGAGGGGGGGGGCAGAUUGCUAUGAAAUAAAUCCCCAAAACACUUCCUGGGGAUGUCACUUCAUUUUUUUUUAUUUAGUUUUAUUGCUGCCGUUAGCAAGUAAAAAAGGGGGGUAACAGAGGCAGCCAAUGGAUGGUGGGGUUAUGACAUUCCAAACUUCAAAAGAGACUUCCCAGAAGUAAAAGGCACCUUCCCAGCAGGCUCUCUGCUGCCCCCUGUGGCUCACAGCUGGGAUUAUGUGACUUCUGAACUUCCAGUAAACGUGGGACGAGUGGGAGCCAAGGGAUGGGAUCUGGACUUUCUGGUAACGCCUCUUCCCAUCCAUAAAGAUAUAAUAAAUACCAGGGUGCAUUGUUGAGGGGGUGAGUCAGCACCACAGGGGUUACAUCAUCUCUGAGAGUGAUAACAAUCAAACAAUCCUGGUGUGGCUGAGUGCUUAUAAAUCAAAGGGGAUAUAAACCCAAAAACUGUUUGUGCCUACAGCUGAUCCCCUAGCAGCCCCAUGUUCACGUACACUAUGAGAAUCCUAGCAGGGCUUUUGCAUAUGGGAACGUGUGAACAAAGCAGCCCCGAGGCGCGGGAGGAUCUUGGUUUACUGAGCAGGAAAAGCCAAGUGAAUCCGGAUUGGUCAUUACAAUGUUCCUGCACCCGCACCACAACGACCCCAGUCCUUGGGGCUAUUGCGAAACAGCUUUGCGCACCUGCCCGGAUAUAAACAGUUUCACCAGAGGUGUAAAUAUGGGGGCAGUGUUACACGUUUUUUCUUUUUCUUGGGAAGCAGUUUUCCUACAUAAAUACAGUAAGCUGCACCUGACCUCCUAGUGUAAGGCUCUUGUAGAAGUGAUACCUCUGAACUGGACACAAAAAAAAUCCAUAGGCUGCAUUGCUGAGAUUCUAGCUAUCCUUAGCAUUCGGUUACUUGGCACAGAUCCUGAUCCCCAUUGUAAGCAGCAGUCCUUCCCUGCUUUAUGGCUGAGAUUCUAGCUAUCUGUAUAACAGAACAUUCUGUCCCAGUGGCUGCACAGAUCCUAUCUGAUCCCCAUUGUAAGCAGCAGUCCUGUCCUGCUUUAUGGCUGAGAUCCUAGCUAUCUGUAUAACAGAGCAUUCUGUCCCAGUGGCAGUCUCCCCCUGUUUAAUGGCUUUUUGUGUGUCGUGUAUUUAUGUCAAUGACCACUCCUGAUUUUGUCCCAUGAAGAUGUUAUGCAAUAAAUGUUUAGUGUAGUUUAAACUUUAAUCUAAGCCCCCCAUGUGGCCCCCCUGAUGUAGUCACAGAGCCAGUGCCGUAGCUACCUGCGUAGCUGUGCAGCAGUGCAUGCGUUAAGUGCCACACCUGAGCUCUGAUAGUGAGCGCCACAAUGGGACGAGGGAGCGAGAGUGCAGACAGCAGCUGCUUCUUACAUUGGGUGGAACUUAUGCAAUCAGACUCCGCCCACUUUACCUUGGGACUCCGCUGUCAGACAGGGAGAAGCAGCAGGAGCGGCUGGUGUGCAGUGUGAAGCCUCAAAAUUCAGGACAGAUAUGCCAGGAUCCAGCAGUGCCUUCAUCCCCACCGUCAACGCCAUCACUACCAGCCAAGAUCUCCAGUGGAUGGUGCAACCAACUGUCAUCACCUCCAUGUCCAACCCCUAUGGCCGCGCCCAUCCUUACAGCCACUCCGUGCCCAACUUGGCUUCAGUUACUGGUCACUCGGCUCUGCAGAGACCGGGCGUAAUUAAAACUAUUGGCACUACAGCGGGCAGGAGGAGAAGAGAUGAGCAGCUCUCACCUGAGGAAGAGGAGAAGCGGAGAGUCAGGAGGGAGCGGAAUAAACUGGCAGCAGCAAAAUGUCGCAACAGGCGACGUGAAUUAACAGAUAAACUCCAGGCCGAGACGGAGAAGUUGGAGCAGGAGAAGUCUGGUUUACAGAAAGAGAUUGCUGAUCUUCAGAAGGAGAAGGAUAAAUUGGAAUUCAUGCUUGUCGCCCACUCACCAGUGUGCAAGAUUAGCACAGACGACCGAAUAAUCUCCUCCCAGAAUGUCCGGCCCAUGAAGGUUGUGAUCAAGCAAGAGCCCGUCGAGGAAGACAUUCCAUCUGCCAAAGUCAUCGACAAAACCCAACGGUCUGUAAUUAAACCCAUCAAUAUUGCUGGAGGGUUCUUUAACGAGGAGCCGCUCAACACCCCUGUCGUCAUGUCAUCAACGCCCCCCACCACCCCCAACACCUCCAACCUUGUCUUCACAUACCCAAGUGUCCUGGACCAAGAUUCUUCAACCUCACCUUCAGAAUCUUGUUCUAAAGCCCACCGCCGGAGCAGUAGCAGUGGCGACCAGUCUUCUGAUUCCUUGAACUCGCCCACCCUGCUGGCUUUGUAACGAUCACUGUAGAACUGUUUUUAUAAGAACUGAAAAAAUGGAACCAGCUAGUUGGGCCGGAUCUUCUCUAUGAAGAGAAUGAUUGUAUUUUCAAAACACCUAAAAGUUCAACCUUUAACUGGAUACUGGGCUCGAAUGUGGCCUGGGAGUUUGCCCGGAUGCAGAACAGAUGAUCAAACUUGCAUUCCUUCAUACAGAGACGAACCUGUUCCACUCAAAUCCUUUCUUAUUCAUUGGUGUACCCAAGACAUUUCAUCCAGUCUUUGCGGUAGAGGAUUGAUUUUCACUUGUUCUGAAUUUAUGAGGGCACUUUAAUGGAAUCAUCUGUUUCUUAGAGGGGGGUUAUUCUUCACUGGAUGAAGGUACAAAAUUUAUUAUGUUUUUGUGAACCUUGCAUUUCCUUCCGUAAACACCAUCCCAUCGGCUUUUUUUGCUAUCAAACUGGGAAUCAUUUUGGUUGGUUGAGAAGAUGGCAAAACAAAUGGUGGCUUCACUGCAUCGGAUAUGGAGCUUAAACAUUGCUAAAGACAUCUUCUGGAGCGGAUUCCACCGAACUCUUAGUUUCCAGGAUUACAUUUUUUUGGAUAUGGUCAAAGUAAAAAAAAAUGUUGGCAAUAUGUUGUCGCCCCUUGUGCCUUUUGGAUUCAGAGUUCAAAACCUUAUCCUUACAAUGACACAGAUAUACUUGACAAGCCAUAGAGAGUUAGAAACGAUUCACUCUCCAUCGUGGUCCAGGUCGCUCUUUCACCCUCGAUGAAUUCUGUUCCAUAGAAUUGGUAGUGUUUGUGGUGUCGUGACCAGUUCUUCUCCUUUUGUUUUGUGGGUUAUGGCUUCCCGGGCAACAAGCGUGCAAGGGCUGGAUACCUGCGAGGGCCCCGGAGCUGAUGGGAUUAUGCACAUAAGACAUUAAGGUCUUCAAAUGCCUUUGUAUGUUACUAAGCACAAUGCAAUAAGUCAUAGAAUGUGUUAUGCCAAUGGGUCUGGGGGUGGAGGAAUGUAACACGCAAAAAAGAGCUAUUCAUUAAUAAUUAUUAAUUAUUUCCUUAAUGAAUGACAAGUGAGUUCAGGUCUAUAAAGGAACGGUAGGGUCUUGUGCAGGUAGACUAUAGCCAUGUAGUGCAAUGGAUAGCUGCUACAACCCCUGCUGCAGGGUACGUCAUUAAAUAUGUAAAAUGUUUAAUAUCAUCUGUGUCAAAAAAUUGAAUUUCCGAGCAUAUCCCUUGAUCAAGUCCUGUUAAUCACGUAUUGCUGUGACCUCCCCCCAGAUACAAAUCAGCCGAGGCUUUCUCAAGUCUGAGGGUCCACACCAGUCUAUAUUUAUGUACAAAUUGGUGCCAAAGCCGCACAUACAGUUUUGAUAGUCGCCCGUCACUGUAAUACCUAUAUACCUUUACAUGGAGCACAUGAGUCGUUUUGUUGCUGAGACUUAUUCAUUGGCACAAAGACUCGCUGUUUCCUUCCGUUUCUGUUUUAUUUCCUGUUUCUGUGUCUCGCUGCUCUGGUGAUUUUUUUAACAUCCUUUUUCUCUCUGUUGUUUUUAUUCUCUAAUAUCUGAUGAGCUAUCCUUGUCGCCAAUGAAGAUCUUUUGAGAAUAACAAUUUGAACAUUUAAAAAAAAAAAAAAUAAUAAUUGUUACCAUUGUCUCCAUGUUGAGGAAACAAUAGUGUUCACCUUUUGAGGAUAAAAAUUAAAAAACAAUUAAUAUUUAUUUAGCUACCAUGGUCUCCAUAAUGUUAUGGAGAAUAACAAUUAUUCUAAAUGAAAAAAAUAUCUGUUGUUACCAUUGUCUCCAUAAAAACGUUUCGGGAGAAACGAUAGUGAUAAUCUUUUGUGGAUAUUGUUAUGCGCUCUAGAACUAUUUUGAGCUGAUUUAACUCCACUGCCGAACAAUCACAGACAAUAUGUGUCUCUCUAUUUUUCCCAGAAUUUUUGGUAUAUGGUGUCAUACCUUGAGCACGACAGCUCUACAGCUGUGCAUUUUUUAUGGAUGUCUUAAGCCACAGAUGUUACUCCAAGUCCAGCUGGAGAAAUGUCAUUACUGAUUUAUCAAUGAGUUUCGAUUUAUCAUCUGUUUCUUGUGCAUAAUAAACCCAGAGUAUUACAUUCCUUAAAAAUUAAAAUACAUCAGGUGCUAGAUGUCCAGAAAAACUAUUUUGUAUUUUGUUAUACAGGUAUGGGACUUGUUAUCCAGAAUGUUCAGGAUUUGGGGUUUUCCAGAUAAUGGAUCUUUCUGUAAAUUUGAUUUUCAUACCUUAUGUCUAUUAGAAAAUCUUUUAAACAUUAAAUAAACCCAAUAGGCUGUUUUUGCUUCCAAUAAGGAUUAAUUAUAUAUUAGUUGGGAUCAAGUACAAGCUACUGUUUUAUUAUUACAGAGAAAGAGGAAAUCAAUUUUAAAAAUUUGGAUUAUUUGGAUAAAAAGGAAUUUAUGGGGGACAGCCGUAAUUCUGAGCUUUCCGGAUAACCAAAUCCCAUAACUAUAAUAAUAUCCGUUUGAGGAAGGAUGCAGGGAGCUAUAAACUGGGAUAUAAGAUUUGGUAGAUGAAGUUUGGGAGAAAUUCACAAAAAAAAUAACGAUUUCCGGAUAGUGUUUUCAUGGUAAUAAAAGACAAAUAAAAAAAAAUGUUUACAUGCCGAGAAUAGUUUCUCUAAAUUUUCUAAUUUGUUGUAUGAUAUGUGUUUUGGAAAUGUAAUGAGAGCAAGGGACCAUUGACACAUUUUGAGGGCACUAGUUAAAGGUUUUUUAAUAACUGAAAAUGACAAUCAUUUAUAUCCUUUGCUUGUGAAUGUCCCCCAUUUUAAAUUCUUUAUUUUUCCUAAUAGCUGCUGUGUUUGUAGUGGAAGACCUACAGUAUAAGCCAUAAAUGUGCUCAAAGUACCAGUGCGGAGUUUGGAGUGUGUGCCAAGGUACUUGUGUUAGUUGUUCACAAAAAGGAGUCUUGAUAGUUUUUUUUACUAAACUUUAAGUACCUUCAACCUUUGGAUAGUGUUGGUGUAUGUUGCCAAAUUCUCAUCCUAACCCUUGGAUUCAAGAAGAAAAAGCAAGUCAGUUGGGUAAAAGAUUGCAGUCUUCAUAUCUUUCAUUCUUAGACAAGAAUAAACAAAAUCUAUAGAUGGAUUUACAGAUAUAGGACUAAAUAAUCAUAAAACAACAGGAAGAGAUCAGUAUAUGUAGAAAAAUCUCUAGAUACAGGAAGUUUCAUACCGAACCAAAUCCGAAUCCUAAUUUGCAUAUUCAAAUUAGAGGUGGGAAAGGAAAAAGUGGAAAAAAUUGGUUUACUUCCUUGUUUUGUGAUAAAAAGUCACAUGAAAUCCCGCCCUGCCCACAAUUUGCAUAUGCAAAUUCGGAUUCGGUUCGGCCAGACACAAGGAUUCGGCCGAAUCCUGGCUGAAUCCCGAACUGAAUCUUGGAUUCGGUGCAUCCCUACAAAUUAUAGACUCAGUCUAUUUUAAAAGCCAUAUUUUUCAAGACAAAGUACAAACCUGAGUUUGCGUUGUCGAAAGUAAUAUAUAAUCCGGAAAAGAUUUUAUUAUCAAUGCACCACCUGCAAAUAGUGUUACACCAAGGGAAGAAACCAAAGAGUUACUAGUAAAAAUGAUUUCCACUAACACGACUUUAUUGUACCAUUUUUUAAACUUGGACUACGGGAUCUGCUAUGGGAGCAACUAUGGCUCCAAAUUUUGUUGCCCCUAAAAUGCUUUUUGUUUUCUUAAGUUUCUUUCUCUUUUUCUCAUACCAUUGAUGGCAAAGAUCGGGGUUUUAAUCCCACUUGGAGAAAAAAAACAUAUUUAUUAUAAUAAUUCACAAUUCCAAGAGUUCACUAGAUUUCAUUAUUUUCAAAAAAAUAAAAUAAAAUACGUCAGUGGUUUUUGUGUAUUUUGGGAGCCUUUUUAAUUGUAUUCCUUAUUUAUUAUGAUAUGUUUACAUGUUUGGGAUUUAUUCUUGAUGUAUCGUCGGCUCUUUAGGGGCCCCUGGCAUCUGAUGUUUAUUUUUGAGAUUAGCAUUACAAUGUACAUUGUCAUUCGACACGUUUUUCUUAUAAGGUCUAUGUAAUGAUGCCUCGGCUCAAAUAGUGGUUCAUGGUGUACUUUCUCAGUAUUCUCGUGCACUUAGUACAACACAGCAAGACGUUCGCUUUUGCAGAGGAAAAAAACUGAGGGUCCAUCUAGUCAUCGAAUGUAAUAUGGCGGCCGCUAACCUCAAUCCCCAAUUCAGGAUGUUGUUCAGAUGUUUUUAACAUAUUCUAAGGUUGAGUAAGUGAAUGAACAUAAUAUUCUUCCAUGCAUCACCUGGUGCUUUCAAUGGGGAGCGAGCCUUUCAGCCGGCAAUAAUUGUUUUUUGGGAGACUUGGCAUCAUUGGAAUCUCCACAAUGCCUUACACUACUCCAUCUUGCCCCUAGACUGGCACCCGCAUACCUUCUGAUUGAUGCAGAUAAAAUGUAUGUACCCCCCAAAAUAAAUCAAACCCCUGUGCAGAAAUGUCCCCUUUAACUGAAUAUAACAAACGUCGGUUUGGGUCCUUCGGACUGUUUCUUUAAGGUUGGCUAAUAUCAACUCUAACAUUGACUUUGCUGGCAAAGGUUCCUUUUAUUUCUUACCUUAAGAAAGCAAAUAAUGUAAAUGGCAAUCCCCCCCCCCUCCAGAAUGAUUGUGGCCUCGCUUGAACCCAGUGUGUGAUAAAGUAGACCAGAGGAUUUUGACAUGUGCACAAUUGUGUGUGUUGAAAAGGAAACAAGCGACUGGUAACCACUCACACAAACAGAGUCGAAGUGAAACUCUCCGUGGUUCCUGUUCUUCGUGUAGGUGACGUUGCCUCUGCGGGUGCCGUGCGUUCAGAGAACGACAUUAAUGUACUGCAGGUCGGUGUAUGUGCGGCGUUCUAUUGAAGUGCCAGCUUUAUUGUGUGUGUGUAUAUAUUUUUAUACUAUAUAUGGUUGGUAAAUGACAUUAGUAGCGCCUAUUUGUUAGAUUCUUUUUUUUAUGAUUUAUGUAAAAGAGGUCUAUGUCCAAAUUGUUACUCCCUGACUUUGCCCGCACGGACAUGAGAGGGGUUGGGGGGGGCAAUACUUGCAUACACUAGAAUCAGAGAUCUGUAAGGAUUGGAAUUAAAUGGAUUACAUGGCUGAAUUUGUCGCUUACACCUUAGUUGAUGUUUAUGUUCUUUUUUUUUUCCUUUAUUUAUCUAAAAUAAAAUGUAUUUUAAAAAUAGA